AAAAUCGAAAGAAACAAAGCCAUUGACGCGGUUGGUCCCUUUUCUAUUGCACGUCGUCUCUCUCUCCUUCUCUCUGUAUUCGAAUAUCACACGGAUUCAGCUGUCUUCUCUGAGCUUUGCUCGAUCCACUGUUGUGUGGAUCUCUCUUCUCUCAACUUUUUGCUUUCAAAUUUCCAACUUCUGGAUCUUUCGUUGGACUUCGGUCGAUAUACGUACAUACAUACGCCGAGGGACAUGUCGAAUUUGUACGGAGAUUUCAACCAGAAGAUCGAUUACGUCUUCAAGAUCGUGUUGAUUGGGGACUCCGCCGUCGGCAAAUCGCAGCUCUUGUCCCGGUUUUCGAGGAACGAGUUCAGCUUGGACUCCAAGUCCACCAUUGGGGUUGAGUUUCAGUCCAAGACGAUCGUCGUCGAUCACAAGACCGUCAAGGCUCAGAUUUGGGACACGGCUGGUCAGGAAAGGUACCGGGCGGUGACAAGUGCGUACUACCGAGGUGCAGUGGGGGCAAUGCUGGUCUACGACAUGACCAAGCGUCAGUCAUUUGAUCAUAUUGCAAGAUGGUUAGAAGAGUUACGGGGUCAUGCUGAUAAAAAUAUUGUGAUCAUGCUCGUCGGUAACAAGUCUGACCUGGAAACCCUUCGUGUUGUGCCCACUGAGGAUGCCAAGGAAUUUGCCGAAAGAGAGGGCCUUUUCUUUAUGGAAACAUCAGCCCUUGAGGCAAGGAAUGUUGACACAGCAUUCUUGACCAUCUUGACAGAGAUCUACAGAAUCAUCAGCAAGAAAGCACUCGUUGCCAACGACGAGCCUGAAUCUGGAGGGAAUGCCACACUGCUCAAGGGAACCAAGAUUGUCGUCCCCGGUCAGGAGCCAGAUACAAAACCAGCCAAGUUCAGCUGUUGCGCGUCUUCAUAGGACACUUCCUUUUCUCUGUAACUUACAGGUGAUAAUGGCACAAGUAUCACUCCUUUUUGGCACAGCUUCUCUCCUUUUGUAAGAAGUUGAAAAGUUGUUGUUGUUAUUGUUAUAGUAGUGUAGCAGUCGUAGCCUUCCCUCCAUUUGACAUCUAAUGGCUGAAAAGGGUUCCCCCUUACCCACAAUGGAAACAAAGUCACAACUCAUGCAAUCGAUUGGCCAAGAAUGUGACAAAAUAGGCUUAGUGAAAGUGACAUGAUACGGAUCAUGAGUGAACAGAGGUAUGUUAGUUACCAUUUUUAUUACAGUUAAAGGAGGUGGUGGUUUGAGUGAUGACUGAUUGAUGAUGAUGAACUAGUAGUAGUGUCAUAUAUACAAAUAUUCUUUUUGCUGCUUAA